CCAGCUGCAUCUAUGAGAGGAGAAAAGGCAGCUUUUUAGAACAGGCGAGGCAGACUGAGGGGAGAGGAACUUGAUCGUCUCAAUGCUUGAAGGACAAGGGAAGCCGGUCUCCCAUCAACCCUUGUGGGUUGUGAACUUGAAGUAACCCCAUAUUCCUUGUGGAUGGCAGGAGUCUAUUCAGUGAUCUGCACCAAUUAGAACUGGAGCCAUUUCUAUCUGCAGUGCAUGCUUUCCUUUAGCUAGGGGCCUGCCCCAGGGGACACCUUUCCUGGGAUGCAGACAGCAGGGAACACCAGCUGACUCCUGGCUGAUACCCAGUUAUGUCCAUUCAAAGCCACCCCAGGAAAUCUUAGAAAGCAUUCUCCAUGCCUGGCUCCCUGAAUGACUGGAUUUAGUGUGCGAGCGGCCGGUGCUGUCACUUCUGACCAAGAGGCUGGCUGUAAAUUCUUCAACUCUGUGCUCUAGCGGAGUGAACCCUGUUGCUGAACAUAUCUAGGCAUCGCUGCCCUUCUGUGCAGAACCAUUCUCUCAGCCCUCAUUAGUGACUGUGCCUCAGAUUAACCGCUGAUCAGGGUUUCUCUUAUGCUCUAGUGGGAGGGUCUGUUUCUCAGCUGUGUUCUCAUUUGGGAUGGGGAAUCCAGGCCCCUGUGGCCCCGAGAACAGAGUCUGGGUCUGAAACGCAACCUGCCCAUUUUGACAACCAGCUUUUCCAAAAGAGACACUUUCUGUGGUGCAGUGUCGUCAGUGGCAAGGGGGAGGAGAACAGACAGACAAAGUCUAUAACAGUUUUCACGGGAGUGGUUCUGUCCCUUUCAAAGGGGGGAUGACGGGAACGAUAACCAGCUGCUCUGCAGGUACUGGCAGAGAAGCCAUAAUAAUGCCCUGUGGGGCAGGCGUCACCCUGCACUUUACCAGCUGAAAUGCUCAGCACCGCUCCUUACAUGGAGCCAUUUAGGCAAACGCCCCUGUGAGCAAAGCAGCGGCGCUCCUAGCCUGAAGCUAGUGAUCUGAAACCUGCAUACACCUGGUGGGUGAUUGCCACUUCCCUCCCCACGCAUGCUCACAGCCUCCCAAGGCAGAACUUGCCAUCAUACACAAUAUACCCCCGGACAGCAGGUGCAGUUAGAGCUCAGCGCCGCUGAUGAUGCCCCUGUGGGGGAUGGAGCCCGGGAAUGCUGACUCCCAGUCCCCUGCUCUAACCACUAGCCCACACUUCUUGAGCUGCUCUGAGUUGUCUUCUCUUGCUGGAGCAGCGACUCACCAGGGCAAGACAGUGACGGUGGCCGCCUGGCUGCAUUCGGCUGCGUGCUUGGGACGGACUGAAGGAGGAAUCGGCAAACUGGCCUUAUCCCAGCCACUGGUAUGGACAGCAGAGAGCAAUUCCCUCUCCUGUGUGAUGCUGCAUGAUCAGUGGUGCAGGGACAUUCGCUCUCCGCUCCCCGGUGUCUACGCAAAGUGCCCUAUGUAGGGCAUCACUGCUCAGGCGGCACAGAGCGUGCCUGGCACACAUGGAGCCAGCGUGGACAGGCUGUUGCCAGACCUGGCUCAGGAUGAACUGAUGGGGCAGGGUCGGGGGAGGUAUUAGCAUCUCACAUUUCGAUCUGCCGGAGCUGGGCAGCGAUUGUCACUGAGUCUGGGUGAUUGAGGCAAAGCUGCGAGCCCCGUACCUGUAAGUACUGUUGUUCACAGAGCUAUAAGCUGGGGGCCGGGGGUGGUUUAGCAGCCUAAACAGCAGGGCUGAGAUGUGCCCCAGACCCACAGGCACAAAUCACAGCAGGCUCAACUCCUCACUCAGAGGAGUUGGAGGCAGUUUAGUGGGUGUGGGCCCGUCAAGUCCUGGCUAUUCCGUGUGGACAUGAACAUGCCCCAGGCUCUGUUCAGAAGAGCGGGGAGUUGCUCCAACAUUCUUGAUUAAAAUUUCCCCUCUCCUAACUGCUGUGUGGCAAUCGACUGCCCUCCCUCUCCCCCAGAAGAGGCUCCGGGGAUGCCAGAUACUGAUCCUGGACAGGCCAGGGAGGACUGGUGCACUCGAUGAGAACUAACUCUUGGCUUCGUGUCUAAAACACCAAGACAGGCAGGAGGAGAGAAGCAAAGGGAUCAACCCUAUCAGAGCUCCAAUCCAAAGCGCCCCAGGCCCCGGGAUUGCUCUGGUCACUGGACAAGAGAGGGUUCAGGCCCUGGAACUGCAUCCCAGGAAGAUCAGUGAGGAAGAGGGGGAACAGAGGCAUCGAUAAAGGCUCAUGGACUGGCUGGAGCAUCCAAGCAAACCAACAGCCCUACUGAAUGGGAGUGCCCGCUAAAGAGGGGCCACGGUGCCAAGCAGAAGGGAAGCAAAGAAACACGCCGGGCACAAGAGAACGGCUGAGGGCUUCGCUUGAAGGUUACGGAUCUGGAGAGAUGAGGAUGGAAAAAUCUUACACGUACCAACAGGGGGCGCCCUCGCCUGGCUGGGAUCCAGCUGCCUUGUGGAUAAGACAGGUGUGAGACGCAGGAUGGACUGGUGCUGUGGUUAAAGCACUGGGCUGGGACCUGGGGACAGGGAUCUGGCAUGAAGUCUGAACCUUAUGGUGAGCCAUUGGGGUGGGAUAUGCCUGUCCAGGCCUCAGUGCAUGGAAACUUUCUGAUCACGCCACCAAAGCUGAAACUCGCUUUCCGCCCCGCCCCAACCCCCUGCUGCAUUCCCAAUCAGUUUAGACAGCUGGAGAUUAUCUCAUGAAAACAAUCCCAGCACUAGACUGGGGUCAAAUUCAUGACAGCAGCAGCCUUAAUCUGAGCCCGCCUGGGAAAUCCAGAAGCACAGUGGCAGAUGCUGAUAAUCCGGCCUCGCUCCCUGGGGAAGAGGGGCAGACAAUUGCUGCAGGGCAGGAGGAGCUGUGUAUGGAAGCCCCGGAUUGAAGGAAGGUGGAGAGAGCAUCUUCCCCUCCAGCCCAGGAGAGGAUGGAGCCUCCAGGUCAAGAUCUCACCCCACGUGCAUGCUACAAACAGUCUGUGCUCUGCCCUGCAGCGUGACCAGUAUCUGCAGCACCACCAACCGCACAGGAGAGAAGAUACUGCUGGGCCUGGACAAGGCGCUGCAGGAGUAUCCCUUUGAGACGUGGUCCCUGACCGGGAACGAUUUGCUGCAGUUGUCCUACCGGCGCUUGGAGGAACUGGGCCUGAGGCGGGUUGGCCAUCAGGAGCUCGUUCUGGAAGCCGUGGAGCAGCUGUGCGCGCUGAACUACGAGCUGGAGACCACCAGCCUGGGGACACUGACGGAGAAGCUGCAGCAAGUCGCUCGGACCACCCAGACCCUCAUCCUGAGCCGCAGGAAGGUGACCGCGUAUGAUGGAGAGGCCAUCGAGACGCCCUCCCCGGACCUCCUGGCCUGCAUCGCUGAGCUGAUCACGGCGGCCAAGGGGCUCUUCUCCUGGCUCAACAGGUAUCUCUUCUCUCACUUGAAUGAUUACUCAGCCAGCCGGGACAUUGUCUCGCUCUGCGGAGAGCUGGCCCAGAUCCUACAGAAGGACUGCAGCGUGUCUGAGAGAGAGAACCAGAUCCUGCUGAUUUGCAGGCACCUCGCGGGGAUCUGUGAGAACAUCUCGAGCUGCAGCCCGGCAGCCCUGCUGAACCAGACCGCCAUCUUGGAGAGCGUGGACCUUGUGCCCACCGAGCCAGAGGACAGUCUGGGCAUCGAGAUCAAAUCCACCAACUCCUGCCUCCACUUCAUAGCGGGAACCACCGCUGAGUCUCCAGCUGACCACUGCAGCCAGAUCCUGCCGGGGGAUGAGAUCGUUCAAGUCAACGGGCAGGUUGUGGUGGGUUGGACUCGAAUGAAUCUAGUGAAGAAAAUACUCGAAAAGCCAAACCAGGUGACGUUGGUGCUGAAGAAGAUUCCACUAACCUCUGUGGGGUCCCCGUGUUCCCCCAGGUCUCCGUGCCAUCAGGCACCUGGAAGCUUCUCGGAUGCUGCAGAAUCUCCUGGCUUGGAAAACAAUGACUCUCCAAUAAGCUUGGUCUCCCUGCCUUCCAGCGUGAUCGCCGGGCUGGACUCUGCGCUGGAUCUCGCCACUGACGAAGAGGUGGCGUUCGACUCUAGCCACCCCGGAGAGGAGACCAGGGACUUCCUACAGCGACUCCCCACUGAAGACGCUUCAGCAGCCCCUACGUUGGAGAGCCAAGCUGUGGGGGCAGGAUUUGAAGGACGCAGCUCCCCCGUUGCUGUCGCUCCAGCCAGACCCAGCAUCUUGGAACUCGGAUCGAAGGAGUCCCCAGAGAACGGAAUUGGGAGCAGAAGUUGGGGACCAGAAUCUCCCGCUCUUCCAAACAAGAGCAGCACCAAGAGUUGCUCCAGGCAGAAAGGAGUGGCUACCAGGCUGAGCCGCCGGCGAGUGUCCUGUCGGGAGCUGGGCAAGGUGGACUGCGAUGGCUGGCUCCUGAAGAAGAAAGACCACGUGGGAUUCAUGUCCCAGAAAUGGAAACGCUGCUGGUUUGUGCUGAAGGGCCACGUUCUCUACUGGUACAACCAGCCCAGUGACGAGAAAGCCGUAGGCCUGAUCAACGUGUCGACCUACGACCUGGAAAGCACCCGGGAGCAGAAGAAGAAAUAUGUCUUCCAGCUCUGCCAUGAGACGUACAAACCUUUCAUCUUCGCAGCAGAGACUCUGGCUGAUCUGAGCAUGUGGGUGAGUGGUUUGAUCGCUGCAAAAACCAAAUACAAGCUGGCCCAGGAAUCGCUCCCGCCCAGAGAAGAAGACUGCUACAGUGAGACGGAAGCUGAGGAUCCGGACGACGACGCUCCCAGGCCUGGCUCUGAUCUGCUGCCAAAGAGAAGGGAGCUGCUAACCACUCUGGAGAGAGCCCAGCCCGGUGCUGCAAUGGGGAGCCCCGACUCCACGGGCCCAGUGGGGAGCCCCCUGGGGAGCCCCGUCCCUGGCAGUGGCAGGCCCAGCUCGCCCCUGGACUCCCCUGGCAAAGAACUGGAGUCCCUGAUUCAGUGUCUGAAGCAAGGCGGGGUGUCUCUCAUCGGCACGCGCCAGCUCCUGACCCACGAGCAGUACCGCAGAUCCUUCAUCAAGCGCAACAAGAACCCCCAGAUCAACGAGAGAGUUCACCUGGUCCGGGCCCUGCAAAGCACGCUCAAAGCGAAGGUGGCUGAGCUCCAGAUCCUCGAUCAGCUCCUGAACGACUCGGAACUGACCUCGGAGAAAUUCAGACACUGGAAGAAAGAGCAUCAGGAGUUAUACCAGGAAAUCCCCCAGUGGUGGGCGCCCAGGCCCAGCCAGGCUGAAGGUCUCGAAGCAGAACUUGGCGCUGAAUCCAGUCCACAGGAAGCUGCCGGUGUGACACCAUAACACAUGGAAACGGGGCAGAUCCUGGCAAUAAUGUUCCCUUCAUAAACCUCAGUGCAGGGAAUAACACGUCCCUCUCUCAUUCCGGAGAGAGAUUCCUGUCGUCUCUGUCCCAAUAAGAAACGUGAUGCUCUGAGAGCAAGGAGGAAUGGUGCUCGCUCACAACACGCAGCGCGUCAAUUUAACUGGAAAGUGGGCUGCAUUUUAAAGACACCGUUUGAGGCUCUCCCCUGAGAGCAGGAUUUUAUGUAGGGACCCACUUUUGACAAAGCCUUGUCCUUCUGAGGACAAGGGAGGAAUUCUCAGAAUGGAUCCUCGGUUGGGUUUAGAGAGUCUUGCUUGUUUUAAAAGAGCUGCUGUUUCCAUUUCCCCGUGAUGCUUAAUGAAUAUGCAUCCAUAUACUUCACUGAGUAACUGACCCCAGCGCUGUGAGGCCAGGACGGUCCCUCUGGGGACAAUUCUGAGAUUGGGAUAUUCAACAUGUUGAUGCCUUGGCAUUUCUCAUCACUCGACAUCCAUCCAGAGCCCGAUCGGAACCAAGAACCCGUGUGAUGGAAGAUCUUUUAUGGAUAGAAGUGCUGCCUGGCCCCCUCUGGCUCCGCUUGCGGUGGUAGAUAUUCAUUUGAUAAAGAGAGAGGCUGGUUUUCAUCCAUGUACAAAUAAUUCUGUGUUACAGUAUUUGCUAGUGGACAGAGUUGGACUCAGGUGCCAUUCUCUGCUCUGCCUCUAACUCCCGCGUGUGACCUCGGGCGAUUGCCUUAGUUUCCCUAUAUUUAAAAGGGGAUAAGACUGAUCUGUCUCAUAAAGCUGCUGUGUCGUUUCAUUAAUUCAUGGGGCCAAAGCUCUUUGAGAUCCUCUGCUGCAAGGCCUCGUUACAGAUGUAGGCUGGUUAGCCAGGGGAAAGCUCUGAUCCAGCUCCCCUCGCUGGAUGGAUGUGUCGUUGAGUGAGUUCUGUUUAAACAUCCAGGACUUGUCUACACUGCAUUGGAAAGCAAGCCUCCCCGCUGACCUCCCCAGACGUGUGCUAGCAGGGCUCACGCUACCGCUCUAAAACUGGCCGGGUAGAUGUUGCUUUAACGUUGUGACGUGGGCUCUCGUGCCCACCCCGCCACCCCCUUCAUCCCCCAGUUGUCAGAGCCCAAGCACCAGCCCGAGCCGCAGUGUCUACACAGCUGUUUUUGCAGCACUAACACAAGUCUGAGGAGGCGGGCUGGGGGGCUCACUCCUGAUGCAGCAUGGACAGGCUGACACCAGCUGGCUCGCUGCAGCCCUGCCAGUAAUUUUAACUAAAAAUAGCCAGCUGUUGUCUAGCAUUUUAACUGUCCAUUUUUAUUUUUUGUUUUGCAAGUGCCUGAUCCCAAGUCCCCGUCCUUUGCUGACAAAUCAGUUCAGGGCCUGUUUUAGCUAACCUCGACUCUUAUAGGAACCCAGGUUUGCUCCAAUGAAAUGGACCCACCCUGUCCCCCUACACGUGAACCAGAAGCUGCCUCUGGCUAACGGCAGUGAGUUGGCAGGGCAUUUCCCUGGCUGCUUAGGGCAGGAGACGGUUGAGCCUCCAUCAUCUCGUUCUCGUCAGCAGCUGCCAGGACUGGCGUCCAAUUCGAAGCUUAGUGAGCGUUUUCCUAUGGCUUUCAAUAGGCUUUGGUGCCUGAGCUUGCCUUCACCCUAAAGUUACCACCCUCGCUGCUUGGUUCUGCUGCCCUAGCAUUCCCUUACUCGCCCCCUCUCUAAUUCAGUACCUCCAGUCUCAGCUUGGCUACAGGCUUGGGGCCUCGUUCCUGUUGGGAGGGGGGAAAAUCCCUCCAUCCCUUUCGAGCUUCGGGGAAAGGAAAGCAGCCAUUGUUAUAUUUUUGUUUUUCUAUUGUCAAAGCUGUUUUAUUUUUCUAAGCACUCUCCCCUGCCGGAUUUGUCUACGGGGAGGAUUAGGUUUUAUAUAUGAUCAAACCACUUCUUUGUUCCAUCCUCAAUCUCUCUGCAUCUGGCCACUUAGAGCUGGAAUAGACAGGGGUUGUUUGAAGCAGGCAAGGUUGGUUUUCUUGGGGCAUGAAUAAAACUGUGUUGAUGACA